AUGGCGACCAAUCAAAGUGGUGCACCCGGUGCAGGAGCGCAGCAGUCAACGCUCUCGGAUACGAUCGUGCAGAUCCUGGCCAAUCAACAAAAGCUGAUGGUCCAGCUUUCACAGCAGCUGUCCGCCACACAGGUAGCUAUCAACAAGCUGUCCCGCGACGAAACCGUACUCGAUUCACUGUCCAGCAACAUGGCGGAAUUCGUGUACGACAAAGAAACCGGGUACACAUUCGACGCGUGGUUUUCCCGCUACAGCGAUCUCUUCGAGAAAGACGCCAAUAAGCUGGAUGACGCGGCUAAAGUACGGCUCCUGCUACGGAAAAUGAGCCCGCCGGACCACGAGCGUUACAACAGUUUUAUUUUGCCAAAGCUGGCUCGUGAAUUUUCCUUCAGCGAAACGGUGGCAAAAUUAAAAUCGCUGUUUGGUGCGUCUGUUUCCAUCUUCCGUCGACGGUAUAAUUGCCUCCAGACAACCAAGGAGGACAGUGAGGAUUAUCUCGCCUACUCGUGCCGGGUGAACAAGUCCUGCGUCGACUUCAAACUAUCAGAACUCACCGAAGACCAGUUCAAAGUUCUGACGUUUGUGUGCGGCCUCAAAUCCAAACAAGACGCCGAAAUAAGGAUGCGGCUCAUCAAUAAGCUGAAUGAAUCAGCGGACCUCACACUCCAGCAAGUAGUUGAGCAGUGCAACAACCUCGUCAACCUCAAGAUGGACACUGUCAUGGUGGAAAAUCCGUCAGCUGUCAACUACGUUGCUCACAACCAGAGGCCCCGGCAUCUUUCAACCAGCGGCAGCACCUCCCACGAUCAGCCUAAAACACCCUGCUGGUCCUGCGGAGGAAUGCACUUCAGCAAAGAUUGCCGAUUCCGCGAUCACAAGUGCCGUGACUGCGGCAAGCAGGGUCAUCGAGAUGGGUACUGCGCCUGUUUUGCAUCAAAACCAUCAUCAAGCGCCUCGAGCAAGCAACAGCCGAAGAAAAACUUCAAGAAGAAGCGACAACACUCAGCGAAAAGAGUGACAGUCGGAAACAUCCGCCAGGGGCGGAAAUUCAUCGACGUCCGGGUCAACGGUGUUCCCCUCCGACUCCAGUUGGACACUGGGUCGGACAUCUCCAUAAUAUCGCACCAAUCAUGGGUCAAACUGGGUCGUCCGAAGGUUCAACCAGUUUCGUGUCGGGCAAAAACAGCGUCCGGAGAACCUCUGGAACUCGUUUCGGAGCUACACUGCAGCAUCACCCUCCAGAGCACCACCAGAGAGGGUAUCGACUUGAUGGACCAAUUCGGCUUGUGGAACCAGCCGAUUACAUCGUUCUGCAACCAAAUCUCCAGUCAGCCCACUCAAGACGUUACCGACCUCCGGGCACGUUUCCCCGACGUGUUCACCACCAAACCAGGCCUGUGCAACAAGACCCCGAUUCAGCUGGUGCUGAAAGCGAACCAAAAGCCGGUGUUCCGACCAAAAAGACCGGUGGCUUACAGCAUGGAGAGCGUCGUGGAGGAAGAGCUGAACCGGUUGGAAAGUCUCGACAUCAUCAAGAAAAUCGACUUUUCUGACUGGGCAGCCCCGAUAGUCGUCGUGCGGAAGCCAAACGGGACGGUCCGCAUAUGCGCGGAUUACUCCACCGGACUGAACGCUGCGCUAGAGCCAAAUUGCUACCCGCUGCCCCUGCCCGAGGACAUUUUUACGAAAAUGGCCAACUGUCGAUACUUCAGUCACAUCGACCUGUCCGACGCCUACCUCCAGGUGCCGGUCGAUGCAGCAAGCCAACCACUCCUUACCAUCAACACACACAAGGGUCUUUACCAGUUCACCAGAUUGUCGCCCGGCGUCAAAUCCGCUCCGGGGACCUUCCAGCAGUUGAUGGACGCCAUGCUCGCCGGUCUCGACUGCACCACUGGUUAUCUGGAUGACAUCCUGGUAGGGGGUCGAACUCAAGAAGAGCACCGCCGCAACCUACAACGUGUGCUCACUCGCCUGCAGGAAUUCGGAUUCACUGUCCGGAUUGAAAAAUGCAGCUUCAACAUGCGCCAGGUAAAAUACUUGGGCCAAAUCCUCGAUGGUGACGGAAUCCGACCAGACCCGGAGAAGGUGGCCGCCAUUGCCAACAUGCCACCCCCACACGACGUUCCGACGCUUCGGUCUUAUCUGGGUGCCAUAAAUUAUUAUGGCAAGUACGUGAAGGAGAUGCGCACUCUUCGUCAACCAAUGGAUCAGCUGCUCAAAGCGGGCACCAAAUUCGAGUGGUCAACAGCGUGCCAGAAAUCGUUCGAUCGCUUUCGGGAAUUGCUACAAUCGCCGUUGCUUCUGACGCACUACAACCCCAAAAUCGACAUCGUGGUGUCGGCGGAUGCGUCAUCGGUCGGGCUGGGAGCCCGCAUUGCCCAUAGGUUCCCCGACGGGUCAGUCAAAGCGAUCUGUCACGUGUCCCGUAGCCUCACUCAAGCCGAAAGCAACUACAGUCAAGUCGAGAAGGAAGGCUUGGCGCUGGUGUUCGGUGUUACGCGGUUUCAUCGGAUGCUGUUCGGUCGUCAUUUCAUCCUCGAGACCGACCACAAACCGCUUCUGCAGAUAUUCGGCUCUAAAAAAGGCAUUCCCAUCUACACCGCUAACAGGCUCCAGCGGUGGGCCCUUACUCUUCUUCUUUACGAUUUCGAGAUUCGGUACAUCUCCACCGAUAGCUUCGGUCACGCUGACGUUCUCUCCAGGCUCAUCAACAGUCACGUGCGACCAGAAGAAGAGCACGUAAUCGCCAGUCUAGAGUUAGAAAAAAGCGUUCGCACCGUAGUCGACGAGUCACUUCAAGCUUUCCCGCUCUCCUUCAAGGCAGUUCAGAGCGAGACCAAAAGCGACACCAGUUUGCAGCAAGUGAUUCGCUUUGUCAACGAAGGCUGGCCGACCAAGAAAACCAGUAUCACCGAUCCCGGAAUUCAACAAUUUUUCCAACGUCGAGAGUGUCUCUCCGUUGUCACCGGUUGCCUACUUUAUGGUGAAAGAUUGGUCAUCCCGCCAAGGUUCCGGAAGCGCGUUCUCCAACAACUCCACAAAGGGCACCCCGGAGUUGAACGAAUGCGCUCUUUGGCUCGUCGUUAUGUAUACUGGCCUAAUGUCGACGACGAAGUAGCGAACCUCGUCCGUUCAUGCAACGAAUGUGCCAGCGUAGCCAAGACCGACCGGAAGACUACCAUGGAAUCCUGGCCAACACCGGAGAAACCGUGGCAGCGGUUACAUCUGGAUUACGCCGGUCCGCUGGAUGGGAACUAUUUUCUCAUUCUGGUGGAUUCAUUCACAAAAUGGCCGGAAGUAGUACGAACCAAGGACAUCACCACCGCAACCACCUUGCGAAUCCUUCGUGGAAUCUUCGCGAGAUACGGUCAACCGGAAACGCUCGUUACAGACAACGGGACGCAGCUCACCAGCGACCGGUUCGAAUCGUACUGCGACACACACGGCAUCGUUCACCUCAAGACAGCACCAUUCCACCCGCAAUCCAAUGGAUUAGCAGAGAGGUUUGUCGACACUUUUAAACGGUCGCUCAAGAAAAUCACCGCAGGGGGGGAAACCCUCGACGAAGCCAUCGACACUUUUCUGCUGUGCUACAGGACCACACCGUGUCGCAGCGCUCCUGGCGGGAAAUCUCCUGCCGAGAUGAUGUACAACCGGAACAUCCGUACGUCCCUGGAAUUACUUCGCCCGCCUACGCCGUGUCACAAAUUGCCAAGUACCGACCAGGAAGAACAAUUCAAUCGCAAACACGGCGCGAAAGCUCGCACCUACGAUCCUCAAGAUCUCGUCUGGGCUAAGGUCUACGCCUUCAACAAAUGGACCUGGCAGCCUGGAAUGGUCAUCGAGCGCAUCGGUCGGGUGAUGUAUAACAUCUGGCUACCAUCCAAACAAAACCUCAUCCGAUCCCACUGCAACCAACUGCGGACUCGGUACGAAGCUGGAAAGGAAGCAAAUUCGGAAGCAAUACCGGAAACAACUCAAUCGAACUGCCGGCCCAACUCCAAGAAAUGCUACAACCAUCGAAUGAUCGUCGACGUCAACGAACUCCCCUUAGCAACCAACGUCAAGAACCGAUUCUUACUCGCCAGUCUUCGAGAAUGCGAAGACAGCCAGCGAGGUACGAUCCGUACCAUCUUUAUUAAAACGGGGGAGGUGUUGGGAGGACAACUCACCAACCGUCAAAUGACGGCACAAUUUACCAGUGGGCCUCUACAGCUGACGGCUGUCAGCCUGACAGAUGCCGCCUGA